AUGCUUUCAACAAGUGAUGCUCUUGCCCUGGUCUUUGGUGUCGUCUCCGCCGUACUGGCCGGCGUCGCUAUAUUCAUGGCUCGUAAGGCCCGCAUCAUGAUGAACGAUGUUAUCGAUAUCGAGGCACAUCCCUUAGUAGCAGGUUAUCAAGAAGCUUCCAGUAAUGAGAGACAGGGUGGUAACAAUGAGGCUAUUGGAGACCUUUUGGGGUCGAUUGCCAGAUUGAUGCAUUAA